AUGACGAAGAUACAACAUAGAGUUUUCGGGUUUUUUGUUUCAAGUCUCACUCCCGCCGCCGUGCCACGCCACCUCUCUCACCUCCUCCCGCGUCGGCGUGGGGCAGCGAGCUUCCACUGCUCCGCCGCCCCGUCUCCGCGGAGUUACAGCGUUACGCUCAUCCCGGGAGACGGCAUCGGCCCGGAGGUCGUCUCGGUCGCAAGAGACGUGUUAUAUCUCGUCGGUUCUCACGAAGGCGAGGCCCUUCCUCUGAAACUAACUGUUCCUUCUUUACUCGUUCCAUCGUCGUGGUCGCCAUUCUCAUCACCUCUCUGAUUCCUUUUGUUGCCAUUUCUGCCAAAAAUUGUGUUUAUUCCAACUGACGGAAACUGAUCCAGGGAUCGAGUUCAGAUACCAAGAGGUGCCAAAUGGGCGGCACGGCUCUGGACGCGGUCGGAGUUCCGCUUCCAGAGGAGAUCCUCUCCGUCGCAAAGGAUUCGGACGCAGUCCUUCUCGGCGCCAUUGGAGGGUCAGUGUGGAUUGCCUGUCUGGCUUUUUCCUUUAUGUGCUGCCUGCAGCAGGAUCAACGAGAAGACUCGGGUCUAUCCUCCUUUACUGGCCUCUGAGAGACCCACUCUCUUGCAAACCUAUUGCAGGCCCUCUCGAAUGUACCCAAUCUCGGGUUUUCCUCGAGGACUUGAUUUCGUUUCUUGCUCAUUAUUCUCCUCUGGUCCCAUCGAAAACACGGGGGAAUCUCCAGGUACAAAUGGGAUUCGAAUGAGAAAAGUCUGAAGCCUGAGACGGGCUGCUUCAGCUCCUGGCGUGACUUGGGGCCUUCGCCAAUCUGAGACCAGCUUCCGUCUUUCCCCAGGUAACCUCUAUCUCUAAUGCCAUUACACUUCUAUUCACCAGAAAAUGUUCUUACAUGCACGUCAUCAAUUGGAAGGGAAUUUUUCUUCUGCACGCUCGAAAUAGCCGCAGACUAAAUCAUAAUGUCAACAUCUUCUUCUUGUAGGCUUCUGUGCAUGAGUUAAUGGCCACUCAAUUGGAAUUGCAUAAUGCCUGUGAUCUUCACAUUAACUUUACGUUUAGUAAUCAUAUAUUCUAGAAGGGUCAAACAAAAGGGGGAGCUUAGUUCAGAAGUCAAAUGAAAGUGGAAAAUAGGCGAGGGAAAGCUUGGCAAUAUAGAACUGAAGAACUCUGAUGAAUGGAAUGGGUGUGCCCAUAACAGUGAAACGGCAGUUCUCUAGAGUACUUUGCACUUAGUUUUAUCUAUCAUCCCCCUCAUUGUCUUUUUUCUGAUUGGAUUCCAUGGGCAUGCAAUGUACAAUCCAAGGAUUUGAGAAGAUUACUACUAAUUGGGAAGAUUCAACAUUAAAAGACUUACUCUGGUCAGUUUAUGUAAUAUAUGAAAGGCAAAAGGAUCAACCUUAAUUGCUGGGCUUUUGUUCUUCAACUUUUUUUUAAUAGAAUGGUGAACUUGAUGAAAUCCUUCGCUUUUAAAGAAGAAAUUAUUUGGGAUAUGCUUUUAGACCAGUUGAAGAACGUUCAAAAAUUCGUUAAAGAGUUUGCUCUUGGUAGCUUGAAAGUAACUACUUCCAGUUAUACUGUUCAUGAGACCCUAAUUCUGCCCAGGUAAAGAAAUUAUUUUUCUUCUUGGGCUAACCCCCUCUUCUUUCUGUUAAUGCACAUUUUCAUUGGUUUUUGUUCUUCUUAUGGUCCUAUGUUACAAUAAUGAAAAGGACCUCAGUUUUUCCGAGUCAUCUGGAUGAUUAUUUUUUUAAUGAUUUUUCUUUGCUGUAUUCUGAAGAAGGACGCAUUGACGUUCUGGGUUUCAAUGCUUACUGUAGCUAGUUGACUCUUCCACUUUAAAGAGGGGAGGUUGCCGAGGGAGUUGACAUAAUGGUGGUACAACAGGAAUCUAUUUUGGGAAGCCAAAGGGCUUCGGGACCAAGGAAAGUGGUGAAGAGAUUGGUUUCAAUACCGAGGUGUAUUCCGCAUCUUAGGUACUGACGGAUUCUUCUCAAUGUUGCUUCUAAAGAACUAAGCUACUUGACUCCCUCCUCCUCCCCUUGGUCUUGAAAAAUGAGAACUCUGUACCCAUCUUGGGCAUCGAUUCUUAAUGCUUGCUCUCUGAAAAGCCCAAUUCGGAUUUUAUUGAAACAGAAAGGUUGGGUCUGGUGGCACUUUGAAUCAUGAUGCGAUCACCAUUAGUUGCAGUUUCACGAAAUUAUAUCUGUCUAGCAUUGAAAAGAUGAGGAGUAGGGUGUUCAUGCAUACGUAAGAACUACACAAUAAAGAUACCAUCUUGGCAACAUGUAAUGAAAUAUAGGAUCAGAUCAUUUCUUGACUCGCGUGAUCCUUCCUCUUCCUCAAGGACCCUAGAAAUCGUAGAAGAAGAAGAAAAAAAAAAGCGAGGACUUGAAAGAACAUGGUGGUAACAUAACACCUGCUUGCCCUAGAAAUCUUGAAAAGAAAUUAUUUCUUUGUAUAUAUGCAUAUAUAUAUAUAUAUAUAUCUAUGAAUGCCCAGAACCAAAUAGUACUAAAAAGAAAGACAUCAACUUUAUAAAGUAUAUAUAGAACCCACUAAAUAGCUGACCCCAAAUAGUGACAGAGGAGUUGGGGGAAAGCUCAUUGAAAUCGCAGGAACUCAUCCUGCUCAUCUUUGGUUUCUAACUAUUCUUGGAAUUGUUUCAUUCAUUCUUCGGCUAAAUAUGGCAACUGGCCGGAAAGAGCCAAGGUUCAAGGCUUCCAGGGGGAGAAGUAUCUCUACCGGAUAUCAUAAUAAAUAGAGCCCGUGCCCAUGUUUCGCCUUUCAAGCCGUGCAAUAAUAUCCUGCUACCCCCACAUUCAGAAGCAAAGGAGAAUGAAUUCACCACCGCAUAAAUGCAGAAGAACAGGUUACAAAGAAGAAAAACGCCCUACAUAUGUAUUUCAAAGAAACAGUUUUUCUUUAACCCAUUACAUGAAAAAAUCGUGGGCAAGGACUGCCAACAGGAGAAGAACGAAAACUGAAGCAUUAUCGACCUCAGAAUGUCAUGCUGCAAAUGAGCCUGUAGUCAACACUACGUAGAGUCCCUCGUCAGGCCUGCAAAAAAAAAGAAGAAAACGAAAUCAAGUUAUUGAAUCAAUCUUGGGAAUUUUAUGGUCUUCGGGGAUCAGAAAAUUGCAAAAUGUGAUUGAAAGAUGAUAAAUUAUCACGACAAACAGAUGCUCUACAACUUGUUUAUCAGGAGGCUGAAGCUAAUUUAUCUCAAAAUAGUCGCAAUUGGUUGCCAAUUUUUUUUCUAAAUUUUUUCUUCAUAUCAGGGUUUCAAUGCCUUUAAUUUCAAUAAAUGAUCGUGACAGAGAUAUGCCCAAAUCAUUGCAUCUAAGGUACUUGAUGCCAAUAUACUCAAACAAUUGAUUACUGUGCUUUCCCAAAUGCUUUCUUCAGAUUAGGGUUUGAAAACAUUCAAAAUCAUUGAAUUAUCAACCGCCCUCUAGGCUCCUAUGAUCACCCAAAGCUCCUCUAAACCUCAAAUUCCCUAAACUACGCCCAAAAAAAAAAAAAAUCAGGCAUCUCAAGGAAUAGGUAUGCAAAAAAUAAUUCGGGUAGAGCCAUCCUUAUUGAAGGUUACCCAUUCGCCAAACAGAAUUGCACACAAGAUGAUUAAUCAGUAAAUUAAUCCACAAUGAGGUGAAUUAAAAUACCCGCAUGGGCAUAAUUAAUCCACAAUGUAUGCUUCACAAGGAACGUGGUAUACAUUAAAAUGUAACAAUGUAUACUGAUGAAGAAUAUACAUUAAAAUUUCCCACUUAAUAACUUACAUUUAAUACUGAUGAUUCCUCUUGUACUUCCCCUUCCCUCGCUUCCCCUUUUGCUUCUUCUUUGACUUCUUCCCUACGCCUCCCCCAGGCUUCAAGAACAUCCUCGUCUUGGAACUACCCGCAUCAGCCAUCUCAACAUCUGCUCAAAACAGAAACAGGAACUCUUCAAUGAGAAUGGGACCAUAUUAUGGAGAGACUAACGAAAACAUGCUAAAAAAGUGAUUAUAAUAGCAAUAAUAAAAACCAUAAUACUAAUGAUUUUCUUUGCGCAUCAACCCAAUUCUGAAGACAUGCUCGUCAACGUAUUUUGUCAAUGACUACUCUGCAGGAUGAUUAUUGGCGCAGGUUUUCAAAAAAAAAAAAAGCUAUACAGUCAUAACGAAAACCUCUUGGAGAAAGUUGGGACGCUUUGUUGAUGGACUACCUGUGGCAUGACUAUCGGCGCAACUUUUUAAUCAAUAUCUCCAUCAGAAAAUUGAGAUACUCUGUUACUGAUCACUCUUUUUGAGUGAUUAAUGGCGUAGGUUUUAAAAAUCAAAACUCAGAUAGAUACAAUGAAUAUCUCGUCAAGAAAGUUGAGAUGCUCUGGAGUUAAUGGACACUCUAUAGCACAGUUAACCGGAGCAUGCUUCAGAAAAGGUUCAUAGGGUUAUUAUAAUCAAUAUCCCUUUCACGACAAUUGAGACACUUUGUAAAUGAUCACUAGGCGGCAGCAUUAUUGGUCGGGUGCGAAAUAAGAAUCAUAUGGAUACAAUCAGUAUCUAAAAAGAAAACGGAUCGAAUCCAGGAGGACUGGAAUUUCUCUCAUCCUGUUAAAAAAAAAUUACACUGAAUCAUAUCCAACCCAAAUAAUUCAUCACACACGUUAGAAUGAGAUAGAGUCAUGAAACGAAGAUAUGGUUCGAGUUUUCAGUAAUUUACCCUACAACCGACAGAUCAGAGUUUCUGCAACUAGACGGCUCGAAAUUAAAGGAUUUAAAAAGGGAUAUAUUACGCGCUAACCACAUGUCGUCGGACGGUGAAGGUCCAUGCAUCUACUAAAGAGCAGAGAGAAUAUGCGGAACCCUUAAAUCCUCGCUGGUAAUCGAAUAAACCCACGCGAACAGACGUACUCACCGCAACCAGAAAUUACCACAAGAAAAAAGAGACGACACGCUCCACAACGACGGGACGAGAAUCCAGGAAAAGAGACUCCAGCUUACCCAUUGUGUUCGUAGAAGCCGUGGCCGGGGAAGCAACAACCUCGGAGCCCAUCCCAACCCCCUCAUCUUCGCCCUUUUUGGGAACGCGGACGGGCAAUUUCGGCGCGGCAAGGGCAGCCUGUUGAGCGGCGAGUUUGGACGUCUCCUUCUUGUCGUAGAAGGGCUGUGCGAGAUCACGCCGCAGCGUCCUCAGCCGCCUCUGCAUCUUCGACCUCAAAGACUUCGCCAUCUUUUCCUCUUCUCCUGGCCGCGGGGCGAUUCUCUCGGAGCUCUGCGAAAACCCUAAAACCCAAGAGAGAAUUCAAAGGGGCUCCUUUUCUAAGCCCGAGCACCCCUCUCCCCCGCCCCAGCCGAGCUGGGGCGGGCUGACGGGCCGGGCCCGAAAUACUGUGGGAUUAAAAGAAAAGAAAGAUCCCCAGGCAAUUAAUUAAUUUUCCAUUAAAAUAAAUAGAAUUUCCAUUAUUUAAAUCAACGAAUUUCUUCAGACAACUGCGAUUGAAAUGGCUCAGCAGAUUUUUUUUUUAAGAUAACAUGUAUUUUUAAUUAAUUUAUUAGUAAAAUGCAUGGGUUAAACCAGGUUUUUUUAUUCAACAAAAAAUCCACAGCCCAAUAAAAAAAAUAAUUAUAAUAAUUAUUCGAUUAUUUCAACUAUUCAAUUUUCUUGUGACCGAGAUCGUAAGUAUCCUCUUUGACUGAUCCAUCUAAUCGAUCACAAGGGAUAAAAAAUAAAUAUAAAACAUUUUCAAUGGGUGUUAAAUUUCGUAAAGAAAUAUAUAAUUACAUAUGGAUAUAAUAUUUGGUGCACAGAUAUUAAGUAAAAUAACUUAUUGACCAAGGUUUCGAUGUAUGUCAUUCAGCAUAUUUAAUAAUUUGUAAAAUAUAUUACUGAAAAAAUGUUACAAAAAAAAUAUUUUAGUACCGAAUUAAUUUGUAAUAUUAAUAAGAUGUCUUGGCUUCCAAGAAUAUGCCGAAAAAUAAAAUCUGGUCCAAAUUUUUUCUCAAUAUCUGCAAAAUAAGUGCACAAGGUCUAAGAAACCUUAUUUACAAGCGUGAAUAAAAAAUUUAUUUUUUUUAAAAAGUACGCUGAGUGUAAUAAUCUUAAUAUUCCCCACAGAGGAAUUCCUUUGAAUAUUUUUUCCAAUAUAUUAAAAUGAAAAAGUAUAAUUUGAUGCCAACAGGAUUUUGAGAGAUCGAAUAUGAGGCCUUAAAUAUUUAUUGAUUUAUUAUUUUCCAGCAUCUGCAGGCCGUUAGAUGUUUUAUGUGGUAGAUUUUUUAAGAAUAUUUUGAAUGCAAGACUUUUUGUCUGCAGUCAGACAGCCGACUGA